UGGAGAAAUAUGAUCCUAAAACCAUCUGAGCGGAUCCAUAGCAGAUACGAAUCCAACUAACCAUUUACCAACAAUUCAGUAAGAAUGGCUCCCUUCUCAUUGAAACCAUUUAUCCCCCCUCAAGUUGCUAAUCCUACAGCUCUAAAUGCAUUCCCCAGUUCUGCUCGAAUGGGCCGUAUUGUGGACUUCUACACUCGUUUACCCAAGGGUAGUGCCCCCAAGAAGUCUAGCAAUGGCUUCUUUAAUUGGUACUAUGCCAAAUACCUUGGCAAAAACGCCAGUGGUGCUCCCUUACUUCAUUUGGUAGGUGCCAUUUUUAUCUUUUCUUAUGCUUCUGAGUACUUUUACCAUAUUCGUCAUCACGAACAUUAAAAGCCCAGCUGCUCUAUUUGAUUGAAAUUGGAAGUUGCUUUCCCUCUUUUAUCUGUUUUUGUCUCUCGUAGCGGUAGGCUACAAUGAACGGAUAAUGAAUACAUUCCUGUCCACCACA